AGGUUAGAGCUAUUAGAUGGUAGCAACAAACAACGGUCAGGUUGCGAUGACGAUCCUCAAGGCACGCUUUGGAAGCGAUGUACGAAAGUCGAUGCUACAUCAUGCGAACGAUCUCACGCUUAACGACCUUACGCUUAUGAUUCAAAGAAUCUUCAAAAUUGGAUCUGCUGAAGCCAUCGUAUUGAAGUACAAAGAUUCGGAAGGAGACUUGAUAACGCUGUCUGACGAUUCCGAUCUUUUGCUUGCCUUGCAAUCGGAACAAAACUUGAAGAUCGAUGUUUCACUCGAUAGUAAGGCAAUCGCCGAGUUAACCGACAUACAACAGCAAGUAGUACAGAUUCAGGACGACAUACAGCGUCUGCUGAAGUCUGUGGCUGGACUCCACAUUCCCAGCACUCACGCCGCUUCGCAGUCCAUCACUUCGCAACAUUUCGAACCUAAUGAGGUUCUCCCUGCUGUAUCUAACCAAGGUGAUGUACCACCUUUACCCGUGAAUGGGUUCGACGCCACGCCGCAUUCUCCACCCUCACCUGUACCUUCGGAGAAACCGGAAUUACCGGCAACAAUUCAGCCAUCGCUUCAGGAGCAGGUGCUACCGGAUGGUCUUGCUCGACAUGACGUCGCACCUUGUGUAGAAGAGAUUCCGCUAGAAGCUGGAGCACCAACUGCUUUUGCCCCACCACCGAGCGAAUUCGCUCCUCCACCCACGAUGCCGCCGGCGGUACAAGACCCGCAUGGUCCUCCACCAACUCAGCAACAACAACAAGGACAGCAGCAGCAGCAGCAGCAGCAGCAGCAGGCAUUUGCGCCUCCUCCACCAUCCAUUCCUUCAAUUCCUUCAUUCCCACAAGCAAAUAUGCCACCAGCAGGACAUUUCUCGCCAUCGCAUCCCCCUCAUGAACAGACUCCACCGCAACCACCCCAACAAUUCGUUCCACCCCAGCAACAUAGUGCUCCACCGCAAAUGCCACCUUCUCAGUUUGCUCCACCACCUCAACAGCAAAACUUUGCUCCACCACCACAACAACAGCAAUUCGCUCCGCCACCACAGCAAUUUGCGCCACCACCUCAGGCACCUCCGCAGCCACAACCACCAACUCCUCAGUCAUCCGUGUCAUCGACUCCUAUUCCGCAACCUCAGCAAUUUGGUGCUCCACCAAGUGGAAUUCCGCAGCAAUUUGUUCCACCGCAGCAGAAUUUCGCGCCACCUCCACAGGGUUUCGCUCCACCACAACAACAAUUCGCGCCACCCCCUACCGCCUUUGGUCAACCACAGCAGUUUGGAGCACCACCUUCCGAACCGGCGCCACCUGCAGGAGGUGUCCCGCCACCAUUCUCUCCACCUAUGGGCGGCCCACCAAUGGGUGGCUUUGCUCCACCACCGAUGGGCGCCCCCAUCGGUGUACCUGGAGGUAAUCCUUUCGCACGUGGUCCAGGUCCUGCAGGUUAUCGCGGCUCACCGUAUCAUCAUUGAUAACAGCACAAAGAUUAUGUAUCUAAAAUAAUUUAUUGUCGACUGUUGAAAUGUGAUUGAUAGUAACUCGUUUUCCCUUUUGCUUAGAGGAUUGUUUUCUGUUUUGUAAAUCUGUGUCUCGGACGGUUUUAGCGUGGUGUAAUAUGGUUAUAUAUGCGCGGAAGUUUCCUAAUUCACGAACAGAUUUCUAACGUGUAUCCGUGGUGUACGAGAUAAGUGGAUUGUUGCUGUUUAACUUACUAUUAAGUAAAAAUUUUAGUUGCCAUGGUUUUUAUAGGUCUUUUUGACAGUAUAUGUUGUAGGCAAAAUGGCAAUAAAGGUACUGGUUGGUACUGU